AGAGGGCAUGAGUGUUUAUUUUCCUUAAUUUUAGCGGCUUGGUGGUAUAGUUUAUGUAAAAUGUGACCGAUUCCAGGAUCGCCUUGUGUGUUGACUGCGGUUAGUGCGUGUGACUGUUAACGAGGAAGAGCCGGGGAUUUUGCUCCCUUCUUGGCUGCGUUGGUGUAUGGAUCAAUGGCAGCUGGUUGUCCUCUAGCACUGUGUCCAUGUGGCCUUCAUCGUGCGUGAGUCCAAACUAAUGGCUGGUUUACAAUUGGCUUCCUGUGGAAGGUUGUUGGUGUUUUUUGUCCUUCUGCUGAACACUCCUCUCCACCAUGGAAUAGAAUUUGAUCCUUACAGAUCAUUGGGAGUCAGUCAAACUGCAACCCAAGCAGAAAUAAAGAAAGCUUACAAACAACUGGCCCGGGAGUGGCACCCUGACAAGAAUAAGGACCCAAAGGCUGAAGAACAGUUCAUUCAGAUUAGCAAAGCAUAUGAGAUUCUUUCAAAUGAAGAAAAGAGGUCAAAUUUUGAUAGGUACGGAAAUCCUGAUGGACAACCAGGGAAUCUCCAUCAUCCACAGCAGCACUUCCGGAGUUUCCAUAAAUACGACAGCUUCUUCUUCGAUGAUUCUUUCUUUCAAUUCCAGUUUAAUUCUGCCCGAGACUCCUUCGAUGAUAAGUAUCUACUACAUUUCUCACAGUACGUGAAUGAGGUUGUGCCAGACAGUUACAACAAACCAUAUCUCAUCAAAGUCACCUCCGACUGGUGUUUCCACUGUGUUCAAAUUGAACCAAUCUGGAAGGAAAUGGUACAGGAGCUUGAACCUCUGGGGCUUGGGAUUGGAGUCAUAGACUCAGGGUACGAGCGUCGUUUGUUAAAUCACAUUGGCGUAUAUCAGCAUCCAGCAAUUGUGGGAGUCAUCAAUGGGCGAGUAACAUUCUUUAAAACCACUGUGGUUCGAGAAAACUUAAGGCGGUUUGUGGACAACCUUCUGCCAAGCAAGCUUUUGGAACAGGUAACUAACAAUAAUUAUGUACAUUUCCUGUCUUCAUGGGAGCAAGACAACAAGCCACGUGCACUCAUGUUUCACCAGAAGUCUGUGGUGCCAUUAUUGUACAAGCUGAUUGCCUUCCAGUUCAAAGAUUAUGUAAAAUUUGGAGCUGUGCAGACUGGGAUAGAACUGACUGAUGAAAUCCUGACUCAUUGCAGCAUAAAUGGUUACACCUCUACCAUAAUGAUUUUUAAGGAGAAUGUCGACAAGGUAGCUGAUAGCAUCCAGCCUAAAGGAAUGAAGAAACAAAUAAUAGAUGAUUUCAUUUCUGGUAACAAAUUCCUACUGGUUCCUCGUCUUACAAGCCAGAAACUCUUUGAGGAGCUGUGCCCUCUGAAACAGUACCGUCGUCAGAGAAGAUAUUGCGUCAUGCUAAUCAUUCAAAAGAAAGAUGAGUUGCAGGCUCCGUAUCACUCCUUUGUGUCAUUCGCAUCUGUAAAUACAAAAGAGUCUAUGAAAUUUGUUUACGUUUAUCCUGAACAUCAGCAAGCAUUUGUUAAUGCCUUGCUCCCACCAGCAUUGCAAAACAGUCCAGAACCAAAUGUUGUGAUCCUACAGCGAAGUAGCAUUCAUGGUAAAGUGUUCUACAAACUACUUGAACAUGGAUGGAAUGGAAAUGAAGAGGACAAAAUGCUAUUAUUUAAUGAGCUGACUCAAUUAAUUGGAAUGGAAGGCCACACAAUAUUCCCUCAUGAUGUUGUGUUACCUCAGCUAAAUGAUGAAUUUGCACCAAUGUUUCUCCUUCGCUGGAUGAAUGCCAUAAUAGAUUAUGCAUCUCAAAUCUGGGCAUCUGGGUUCACUCAGAACUGGAAGGAAAUGAUGCCUUUGAUUUCUCUGCUUUUCUCUGUGGUUUUCAUUCUGUUUGGAGCAUUCAUCAUUCAAGCUUUUGGGGAACCAAGUGACCUGGAGAGCAGGUCUGAAUCUGAGAAAGAACAGGAACCAGCAACAGAUAAGAUUCAGGAAACAAAAAAGCAGCAAAUCAACACCAGCAGGAACUUAAGUAGGUCCCCAGAGCAGAAUUUUGUGGAAGUGACUGAAUUGACCUAUAUCAACUAUAACAGUAAUCUUGUGCGGUUAAUGCCUGGAAACAUCAAUGUACUGGUUGUGGUCACUGAUACUACAAAGGAUGCUUUAAUUCAGAAGUUCGCACAUGAAGUAUAUCCUGUUACCUGGAAUAAAUCACUACACUUCUCCUUUUUAAACUUGUCAAAACAUCGUGGGUGGCUGGUGGAUUUGUUAGAGUUUGCCCAGGAUCCUGCUCCGAUUUCCAGUCCACAAGAUGAAAGUUACCAUACCCAGAACUACAUUGGCUAUGUGUUGGCAUUAAACGGACACAGGAAGUACUUCUGCUUAUUCAAACCUGAACUCUGUAAUGGAACUGAGAACAGGGGCAUCCUAAAUGGCUUGGAACCAACACAAGGCAGGAAAGGGCCAGAUGAAGCAAUGGAAACAGACAGCCCACAUCAGUCGAAACCCAGCUCCAAUUUAUCUGUGAAACGGACCAAACAACUACUCAACGGACUUAACCUCUGGAUGGACAGACUGCUUGAAGGGAUUCUGCAACGAUACUAUGUACCCUGUUGGCCUGAGCUUCACUGAUGUUCUACAGUUUCACUGGUAGAAUUUUCUGCUGAAAUGCACCCGAGCCAAAUGUGGAUACAGCAGGAAUUUACAGCUCUAUUAUUUUUCCAGAAUAUUUUCUCAGUCUUGUUGUUUAGAUCUCAAAGAGCCGAUGUAAAAUGAAACAAAAGGACCAGGUAAAUCAACAAGUUAGAAAACUGUGUAUACACAAAUCUCAAUUGCCUGGAUAAAAAAGAGUUAAAUCUCUCUUAAUUUGCACAUUAACAAGUGAGGAGUUGGUAGACAAGUGGAAUUUAAAUUCAGAUGGGAUAUUGGCAAUGAAACAAAGGAGUUUAUGUCACUGACUACACACAAAAUUGCAUACUACUUGAAUUAUUGUAGCUCCAGAUUUUGUUUCUCUGACCUUCCUUGCCCUGCCUUCCUCCAGUACAGAACUCCUUCAUUUGCUUGUGCAUGUAUAUUUUGUCACAAUACCUUGGGGAAGGAAAGAAACAUAGAUUUCAGAGUUCUACCACAAGCAUUCUGCCUUCUCAGCAAUGAAAACCUGACCUCUGUGUUAAAAUUGAGUACUGGGAAUUGACCUUUGCAAGGUUAUGCGCAACAGUUUAUUCUAAAUUCUACUUUGCUGACUGUUGCAUUUCUCAGCUGUAUUCUGGCUCUGGUUUACUCUGUCAAUUCCUCAGAAUGAUGACAUUUGCUCAGGUUCCAGUACUCCGAGUUAUCACUUGAGAUGUUGUUAUUAUUGGGAUAUCACAGCUGCUAUCCUUAUCUGAUGUCCAGAGGCACGUGCACUUACUUUCCAGGAGCAGUGAAUAGAUAGUGAUCAAAAGUGGAAGCCUGGAAGGAUUUUAACUUUUCUCAUGCUUCACAGUGUUUGCAAUGAUGCCAUUUGUGAGGCUGUCUUGAACCCCCCCCCCCCCCCCCCCAUCCAACCAGAAAUGUCUGACAUAAGAUUAGGAUAGACCGGGGUUUGAAUUUUCUGAUCCACAUGGCUUAGUGCAACAUUGUGGUGACGUAAUUUAAGGUACUGAGAAGCACUUUGCCAGCAAUCUUUUUUAAAAAAAAUUGUUUUUCUAAUCUGAAUGGCAGGACACUGGGUUACAAAUUGCUGAAGAAUAUCUACAAAGCAGGGUUGAGACACAGUUAAUGACUCCUAGAUUAGAUGAGGUGCCGGCAAACUUGAACCAUAAAUAUUAACCAAUGGACGAAAUAACGAACUCUGCACCUUUCUGAAACAACUGUGUUUGGUUGCUUAUACAAGUACCUAAUGCAACUAAUAUAAACUAUUUAAUGUAUUUAUUAAAUGUUAGAAGUUUAGACUUGUAUAUAGUUGGCUUCAUUUGCUGUCUGUAUAGCCUGUCACAGCAAGAGAGUGGAAUCUGAAAUAAAGGAAGAAAAUACUGAAAUUGCACAGCAUAUUGAUAAACAUCUGAUAGGGAAGGGAAGGUAAGAGUGACCACAAGUCAGUAUGCUCAACUCCCCUUUUUGGAUGCUGGUGUACUGUUAAGAUUUCAUUAUGGUGGUUGGAAGGCAUACACAAUUGUGGCUGUAAGUGCACUGCCAGUCAUGUUGGGCACAAACAGCAAAUAUGUUUUAUCUGUUCAGGGUGUCAGUUAGCUCAGUUGGUUGACAGCUGGUCUAUAGUGUGUUGGUUCAAUUCCCACACUGCCUGAGGUUACACGAAAGAUUGUCCUUCUCAAACUCUCUGCUCACCAGCUGCACAGUGACCCUCAGGUUAAGCCACCACCAGUUGUCUCUGUAAUGAGAGAGCUGCUCUGUACUCAGAUAGGACUUGACUUUGUGCAAUAAGAAAUCUAUAACCUGUUUAAGAUCAUCCAACCAAGAAUAGUUUGCCCUGAGGCAGCUCAUGACCAACCAACUCAGUUUGGGAAACCCAAACCAAGGGCAUAGAUGUCUAGCCCAACCAAGAAAGUAACUUACCAUGGACUCCAGUCCCACAUUGCCUGGGAAAGUGUACAGUGCUGUUGUCUGCAAAGAGAUGAUUGUGCCCACAAUUUCUAAAUCAACAUGUUCUUUCGUUCAACUGUAAGUGUAGUUUGAGCAUCUUAUUUACUUCAAAUGUCCAAGAUUUGCAGUGUUUUUUUUAAAAUCCCCAAUUUAACCCAUUCUCUGUGCAGUUACUCAUACUAACCAGAUUUCUUCAAAAUUAUCAAUAUUUAUGAUUUCUCUUAAAGUAAAAGCUGCUGGAAACAUUAUUUUACUCAAUUGGAGUAAUUUUAUGAAAUCAGAAUCCUGAAGUUAAGCCUCAGCUAAUCAGGUCACAGACCAUGUUUGUAAGGUUCUUUUUGCCUUUAAUGACAGGAAGUUGUGUACAGUGUAGACUGGAGUGUGUGUUAUAUGUAUGUCUGAUAGAUGCAUCUGUGAAACUAGGGUGUGAUUGUGUAAUAUUACCUUUUCAUUGGAGAUUUCAUUGCAUUGGCAUUAACCAAGAUUGUGUUUGUCAAGCCACGGAACUUGCCAUUUGGAACAGUUAUUUCCAAUUUUCUUAUCUUCCAUUUUUCAUAGGGUCAGGCUUCCCCAGGCUCUGUAAGCCUUCCAAUACUUUGGCACCAUUCUGUGCAAGAACAAAUUUGAUCCUGUCCUUGUUCAACAUCUUAAACUAUGGUCACUCAUAGGUGACUAGGAACUCUGACUAUGUUCUUUCUUCCUGUUAAACCUCAGGACUCGAGUCAAUUGUUAUGACCCUCAUUUUUCCCUUACUAAUAUCUGCUAACUCAGCAACGAACAGGGGUAGUAACCGAGGACCAUCUGUUGUGUCAUUGAGAAAAAGCUGGCUGGUACGUUUGCUUGUUCACCCAAUGACUGAAUCUGUACAAAAUGAGUUUGAAAAAGCUGAUUAAUUUUGCAACAUGCUGUUAAAUUGGGAUUUCCACCUUUGUCAGUUUAUUGUAUGCACUGCUGAAUGUUUCUGAUACUAAAUGUCACUUUAAACAUGCAACCUGUAGGCAUUUUUAAAUUAGAAUAAAAUUUAUAUUCACAGA